GGGCGGAGGGGUUUAAUGGAGCAAAGUGACAGGGUUUUGGAGUACUGCCAUUUUUCUCUCUCUCUCUCUCUCUCUCUUCUCCUCUUUGUGUUUUUCCCUCUCUGAUCGAACCACUGAUAAAAGCUAAGCGCCUUGAGAAAAAGACUGGUAUUCUGCUUUCUGCUCACACCGAACAAACCAUGGCUUACGUCGAGAGAGGCAAUUAAUUAUAUCUCAAAUUUCAAGACUCAAGUGUGUGAAGCCAGCAUUGUACACAACAGCUUUAUUUAAAGGUGUUCUUAAGGCAGGAAAGAAUAAUGGGUUCUGUUAAACUGCAACUUCCGUUGCCUAAAAAUGUUGAUGGAGUGACCCUGGAUCCAAACCCUGAUUGGAGCUUUGAUGCUUUAUUGGUCGAGCUUAACUCGAUAGAGAAGAAGCUCAAUGGAUCAUCGAAAUUUCCAAUACCUUUUACCAAAGCAAAAUCUCGAGAACUCUCGGCUUCAAAGAAUAAUUCUCGGAGAGGCUUUAUUAUGCAAGUGUCUGAUGACGACAUGGAGGAUUUGGAAAGAGACACUAAGGAUGAAGUUGGUGAUCAUUUUGUUAUGGGGGGAAAACGUUUUGCCUGUGACGAAAUCUAUCUGAGUGAUAGCGACCAUUCUGAAGAAGGCCUGGGCAUUGAACUGCAACAUGAUCUAAUGGAUAAAGUGGGAUUAGUAGAAAGUGCUUUAUCUGAAUUAGCUCAUGAGCACCAGCUUACUAUUGCGGAGGAAAUGAGAGAUCAACUUUCAGCACUUGAAGCUGAGUUAAUGGAUGAAAAUGAGAAGCUUGCCUCCACACUUGAACGGGUUGAGAGAAAUAUUGAAGCUCAAAGGGAAAUGAACAGAAAAUUUGACAUGCAGUACCAACGUAAAAUUGCAGAAGCACUUGAUGAUCACCUAACUGCUGUACAAAGGGAUCACGAACACAGAUCCCAAAUUGAAGAAAGGAGAAUAAGAGAUGAUGCAGCUCGUGAAGAAGCCAAGAGGAAGGAAAAAGCACUUCAAGAAGAAAAAGCCCGGCAAGAAAUGAUCAGAGCAGAAGCCAAGGUGCAGGCUAGGCUGGAAGCUGAAAGAGUUGAACAGGAAAAAGCCACAGCUCUGGAAGCUGAGAGGAAAGCAGCAAAAGAAGCUGCAGCUGCUGUGGAGAAGAAGGCAUCUGAGUCAUUGAUGAAUGCUCCUUCGGAGGCUAACAAGGUUCCAAAGGAAGUCACUAGUCAUAAACAUUCAGCAGCAGGAAAUACAAUCAGGGUGUCAGAAAAUGCUCAAAAGCUGGAGGAGAAAAGAUUGAUGAUUUACAAUGAAAUAGCUUCACAGAAUGAAGCACUGGGAUUGGGUUCUAACAAGGCUUACCGAAAAUAUGAAAUGGAAAUAGCCAGACGAAUCAGAACUAUCACUGGUACAAAAGAAAAUGUCAGAGUGAAAGCAGAUGAAUUAAUUAAGCUAAUGAGUGAUCCAACAUGUCCACAAUCCAUCAGCAUUGCGAUGUUUGCACAGAAGGUUGUGUCCCUGUGUGUGAACCCGACAGGAAGCUUUAACAGUGCCGUCUAUGCGUAUGGUCGUGUAAUUGUCCUUGUUACUUCAAAGGUCUCUCUUGCCAUGGAUGUUCUCAUAGGCGAGUUGAAUAAAGUUUGCAUUUACGCAGUUCCUAAGUACAUUGUUUACUCAGAGGCAGCAUUUCAGACAAAAGAAGCUUAUUAUAAAGCUAUUGGCUAUGCAGAGGAAGAUGGGAAGAUAGAAAGUACUGAUAGUUAUGUGGAUCGCUUAAGUGCAUACAUGAAAUUAUAUGGUGCUCUUGUUCAGACUGAAGUUGAAGGCUGCCAAAACUUGCAUGGCCUCAGAGAAGGUUGGGCAUGGAUAGCCAGAUUCUUAAAUGUUCUCCCAGCAAAUUUAUAUACUGCAGCUGCCUUGCAGGCUUUUCUUGAAAUGGCAGGUUUUGCUCUACACAAAAGAUAUAAGACACAAUUCAGAAAGAUGUUGGAUAUCAUUGCUAAAGAUUUUCUAACUGCAUUGAAAGAUCGAGGCGAUGCAAAGUUGAACAAGGUGAUUGUGAAUAUCCGAAACUAUAUAGAGUCAAAUCAGUUCCUGAAGGAACCUGAAGGAUGGCGCCUCAGGAGUAACUUGGAAUCACACAAUUUCACUCCAGAGUCGGAUCAUCAACAGCAAUAUGGUUACCAACAGAAUAACUACUAUCGCUAGUUCUGUACUGUAGAAAACUUUUGUCCCUUCUUCUUUUCCUUGAGUUACUGAAAAUCUGUUCAAGUCCAAUGAUAUCAGUAAGAUACUUUGUUCCCAUAAUUUGAAUAUGUAGCUCCUGUACCAUUUGUAUAUCGGUAACGAUUGUAAAAGGAAGUUGUGUACCUCUAUUUCUACACUUCUA